AUGGGUUAUAUAGAUCUAUCAAUAAGAGAUAGUUUUGAAAAACAAAAGGAUAAAAUCAAAAAUAAAUAUGAUGCUUCGCUAUACACAAAACUUAUAGAUCGAAUUGAAGAACAAGAAGAGGAAAUAGAAGAGGAGGAAGAACGAAUACAAGAACAAGAACAAUCAAAUAACAAUAAUAAUAAUAAUAACAAUAAUAAUAAUAAUAAUAAUAUUACAAAAGAUUCAUCGCUAGAUUCAUUAAAAUGUACUUAUACAUUGGUAAAGAUAGGGUUACACUGCAAACAAUCAAUGUGUCAUCGUAGUCUUGGCAAGUUUAAGGAAUCGAGAGAGUCACUAAACAAGGCACUUGGAUAUUUAAAAUUGAUUGGUACUACUCAUAUGAAAAGAAUGCAGUCUUCAAACGAUCACUACUACAUCAACGAGAUUCAUUAUCAAGUUUACCUAGAGAACAGUUUCUACUAUUUCUUUAAACUCCAACGUCACAACAAAAAAUAUGAAGGGUGUGAUGCGAUACCAGAGCGUGAUGAAGGAAUUACACUUGUCUCAAAAGCAAAUGAUAGUCUAAUGGAAUCACUAAAGUAUGCUCAAGAAUGUUGCAAGGAUGAAUUUGGUGAUGGUCAAAAAAUGGUCAAUGAAAUCAUUGAAGUUUAUCUUUCAAUCAAUCAUAAUCAUCCUGAAAAGUGUAUUGAAUUUUUAACCUUUAUUGAAACAUUUUAUCAAUCAAUUCAUAAAUUAGAUUGGAUGCCAUAUGAAAUGCUACAUGAACAAUAUUGGAAGACAAGUGAAUUUGAAAAGUUUAUAGACUCUUUGAUCAUCUAUAAAAACAUAUUAUUAGAGUCUGAUGACAGCAGUAGUAGUAGUCAAGACAGUGGGGAAAAAAUAAUGGAUAUCGAGGAAAAAUGUUCAGAUGCUUCUUUUCAACUUGGAAAAUACACUCAAUCGAUGGAUUGUAUUUGUCAAGCCAUUGGACUAUUGGAUCCUGAACUUGAUAAAUUGGCAAUGGAAAGAUUAUCUGUCAAAUCUCAAAAAAUAACAGAUGUAAUAGAUUUGGCAAAAGAUAGAAUUGAUUUGGAGAUGGCCAUUUCAAAGUAUCCAACUGUAGAAUAUUUACUUGAAAAUCUAAAUCUAAAUAAUAAUAAUCAUCAAGAUAAUACUAUUGAAACUUUAAAAAUAUUAUUGGAUUAUCAUCAACAAUUGUUGCAAAUAUUGGUCAAUCGAAAAGAGGGACCUGUAUUUAUGAAAAAAACAAUUGGCAACUAUCAAACGAUGAUCAAAAUUACAUCUAUCCUCAAUGCCAUCUCUGAAAAUAAUAAUAAUAAUGAUGAUACUUUAGAAUUAUACAAAGAUCUUUUAUUUUAUUUAACAACUGUAAGCAAACAAAAUCAAACUGGAUAUAUUAAAAAAGAGAUUUCAACAACUUUAAAAGAUUUAUCAAGAACUUUUAAAGAGUCUGACUCUAAUCACUAUCCUUCUUUAUUAAGAUUGGUUGUAAAAUAUUCAAAGGUUCUUAAAGCAAAUGAUUUUAAAACUGCUUAUAAUCAUUUAAAGGAAUUGGAUGGUAUUCUUGACAGUACAAAGUUAAAAAAUUUGUCAACUCAUGACAAGGACAUUUACUUUGCCAUCGGUAACAUUGCCUAUGCAAUUCUCAUCAAAAUCAACCAACAAGAAGACAAUCCAAGAAAGGUUAAAAAGCUUCAAUCAAAGUUGGAGGAUUUUCAAAAAAGAGCCGACAGAGAUGAACAAGACGAUGAUCUUUUAUAUUCCCAAAUAUCAAAUACUCGAUCUUUACCAACGCGGCGACAAGAAAACAUUCAAUCUCCACCACCACCAACUUUACAGGAUAGAAAACAAGCAAUGGCAAACUUGGCAAAAAAAGCAAAUGAAAAGAAAAAGCUUGCACCCAUCGAGACUCCAACAAAAGCAGAUGCCAUUAACAACAUGUCCACAAGAGGACGUAUGGCAACAAGAUCAAAACACAAGUUAGUACUCGAACCCCAAACCUAUAUUUUAGAUGGUGUCGAAUACAGUCUUAAAACCAACGAACCAUUGGCCUCAUUUGGAACUAGUUUUGUAGCCAAUGGAAGUCAACCAGAUCAAGAAGAUGAACUCAUGGAUAACUAUUUGAAUGAAGAUAUAAGUAUAGAAGAGACCAUAGAGAAUAGGAAAAAAGGACAAACACUGCCAUGCUAUGGUAACGAAUUUAUCGUACCCGAUAAUAGUGAAGAUGAAAGAAAAAGAAAAUAUCCAAAUCCAAAUAAUAGUUUUAAUGCUCAAACACCUACUAGUCGUCGUUCAACUCCUUUAAAAAAACAAAAACAUCAAGAACCAAUUAUUAUAAUAGAUUUGGAUCAAGAUGAACAAAAUCAAAAGCGACCUCAAAAUGAACCACCAAAAUCAUUAGAAUCAAUUUACUUAAAUUUAAUCAAGGACAAGGAGGAACAAAAUCAAAAGCUUUCAUCUACGUUUCAUAAAUUCAAUGAUACAAGAUUCAUUGUCACAGAAAUUUCUUUUAAUAGACAUUUCCUCAAGGCUCUAGAAACAAAACUAGUUUUAAAUGUUUUGAUUACUCAACCUCAACUUUUAUCUUUGGAUCUUUCAACAAAUUUAAUUGACGAAACAUCAACAAACCAAUUGUAUCAUUUAUUAAGAACUUUAAAAAAAUUAAAAAGUUUAAAUUUUGAAAGAUGCCAAAUGGGAUCUCAAAUCAUAACAUUUAUUUCAAAAGCCAAUUUACCAUCAAUCGAAUCAAUUAAAUUAAAUUCAAAUAAUUUAAAAAGUAUUUCAAAUUUCUUUUCGAUGAAUACAUUAAGAGAAUUAUAUUUAGAGAAAUGUUAUUUAGAGGAUAAAACUCUUAGAUUAAUUUUAAAAUCAAUUGGUUCUUGUCCACUUUUAAUUUUAUCUUUAUCGUAUAAUGAUCAAAUCACUCAAAACUCUUUCAAAGAACUUACAACAUAUCCGAGUAUUAAUAGUAACCUUGAAAAACUAUUCCUUAGAGGUGUUCAAAUGGUAGUUAAACAUUCCUCUUCUUCAUUGGUUCACUCUCUAUUUAGUAAGCUUCCUAAUCUAUGUAGACUAGAUUUUGGUGAAAAUAACCUAAAAUCAAGUUUAUCAACUAUUUUGGGUAAUCCUCUUUCCUCGAGGAUUGACAAUGUCACACCAACCAAAACAACUUUGGAAAUUCAACAAAAUGAUUUAGAUCAUGAAGAUUUAAAUGCCCUUUGUCAAUAUAUUUGUCGUCAUGAUGGGAGAAUAUCAGAGAUUAAUUUGUCUGGUAAUCCACUUGGACAAAAAACAGCAUAUAUUCUAUCACAACACAAUAUUCAAUUAUGUGCGAGCCUGACAAGACUCGAUAUGUCUCAUUGUCAAAUAGGACCAAAGAAUGUAAUCAAAAUCAUUACCAACCAAUUACCAAUUCAUUUGGUUUCAAUCAAUCUCUCAUCCAAUUCAUUGUUGGUAGGUCAAGACACCCAAGACGACUACAAUGACGACGAGGACAUGUAUUCAAUAGUUGAUAGUCAAAACUAUGAAAAUACACUGCAAACAUCACCUAUCAAACUACCAAUCAACCUAUCACUACUUGAUAUUUCUGGAAAUGGAUUUACCAAAACAGAUCAAAUCGUCAUGCAAUUAAAGUUAAGUUGGGAUAGACCAAAAUCAACUAUAAAGAUUGAUGCAGAUUUAAUUCAAUUUAUUAGUGAAUAA